AUAUUGUGGAUGGAAGUGACCUGAAGCAAUUUUUUGACAACAAUUAUUCUCAAAUUUAUUUUAUAUUCUAUGAAAACUUCAUAACACUGGAAAAUAGCUUGAAACAAAAAGGGAAUAAAUCACAAAGGGAGGAGCUGGACUCCAUCCUCUUUCUUUUUGAAAAAAUAUUGCAGCUACUACCUGAGAGGAUUUUUUAUCGAUGGCAUUUUCGCAGUAUAGGGUCGAUUCUGAAGAAACUUUUGCACACUGGAAAUUCUCUCAAGAUAAGAUGUGAAGGAAUCCGACUGUUCCUGCUCUGGCUUCAAGCCCUUCAGACCAACUGUGCAGAGGAGCAGAUACUGAUGUUUGCCUGCCUUGUGCCUGGCUUCCCCCCACUGAUGUCCUCGCGGGGGCCCUGCACACUGGAGAGCCUCAUCAGCCCUCCCACUGCGCCCGACGCUAAGGUUUUUCCAGAAGAAGUAACCCCACUUUUGCCAGCUGUCUCUGGAGAGAAAAUUGCUGAAGACCAGACCUGCUAUUUCCUUCAGCUUCUGUUAAAAUACAUGGUGAUUCAGGCUGCAAGCUUGGAGUGGAAGAAUAAGGAGAACCAAGACACUGGGUUUAAGUUUCUCUUUGCCUUGUUUAGAAAAUACUAUCUUCCUCACUUGUUUCCAUCCUUUACAAAGCUAACCAACCUCUACAAACCUGUGCUUGAUAUUCCUGAUGUGAGGCCAAGACCAGUGUAUGUCACGGCAACACGGAACAAUGAAAGUGUCUAUAGCACAAAAAUCCCUUACAUGGCAGCUCGAGUUGCUUUUAUUCAGUGGCUCGUUACCUUCUUCCUUGAAAAGAAGUAUUUAACUGCUGUUCAGAACACAAAAAAUGGAGGAGAAAUGCUCCCUAAACUUAUUCAGACUGUUGGAGUGACCCAAGAUAAAAUCCCUGAGCUGGAAACCAGUACGUCGCACACGGGUGAGCCGGAACGGAGCCAUUCCAACAGCAGCACCUUGUCUGACAGAAGACUCAGCAAUUCCAGCCUCUGCAGCAUUGAGGAGCAGCACCGUAGUGUCUACGAGAUGGUGCAGAGAAUCCUGCUGUCCACCCGAGGAUAUGUCAACUUCGUUAAUGAGGUGUUUCGGCAAGCUUUUUUGUUGCCCCCUUGUGAUGUAUCUGCGACACGGAAAGUGGUUAAGGUGUAUCAGAAGUGGAUUCUGCAAGAGAAACCCGUGUUCAUGGAGGAGCCAGACAAGAAGGAAGACAACCAGGAUGCUGUUGUCCACUUGGAAGACUCCUCAGUGGAAGCAGAUGGUAAACAUCUUUCCUCCGAGCACUCCAGGCACAAACGUUCCUCCAGCUGGGGCAGAACCUACUCCUUCACCAGUGCUGUCAGCAGAGGAUGUGUGCUGGAAGAUGAGGACAGAGAUGUUAAAGCUGGUGCUCAGGCUGCCUUACAGGUGUUCCUGACAAACUCGGCGAAUGUGUUCCUGUUGGAGCCAUGUACUGAGGUCCCUGUGCUGCUGAAGAAGCAAGUUGAUGCUUGCAAAGCUGUUCUGAGUAUCUUCAGGCGCAUGAUAAUGGAACUGUCAAUGAAUAAAAAGACAUGGGAACAGAUGCUGCAGAUACUCCUCAGAAUAACAGAAGCUGUGAUGCAGAAGCCAAAAGAAAACCAGGGAAAGGACACAUUUGCUCAGAGCAUGGCAGGAUUGCUGUUCCGAACCCUCAUUGUGGCCUGGAUCAGAGCAAACCUGAGUGUUUACAUCUCUCGGGAGCUGUGGGAUGAGCUGCUCAGUGUUCUCUCUGCCCUCACGGACUGGGAGGAGCUCAUCAACGAGUGGGCCAACAUCAUGGACUCCCUGACAGCGGUGCUGGCCAGGACUGUGUAUGGGGUGGAGAUGACAAACUUACCCCUGGAUAAACUCAGUGAGCAGAAAGAAAAAAAACAGAGAGGAAAAGGUGGCAUUUUAGAGCCUCAGAAGACAGCUGUAGUGGGAAGAUCUUUUUCAUUAAGCUGGAAAAGUCAUCCUGAAGUUGUGGAGCCAAUGAGAUUCAGAAGUGCUACAACCUCUGGGGCCCCAGGAGUGGAGAAAGCAAGAAAUAUUGUUCGUCAGAGAGCCACAGCUAAGCGAAGCCAAUCUAUCAGCAACUGUGUCCAUCUCUAUGAGGCUUUGCCAGCUACUAAAAGUGUACCUCUUCUGCUUCACACUGUGAGCUCUCUCUUCCCUGGUAUCUCUUACACUUCUUGCUCUCACAGACUGUCAGAAGUUGAAGAAUCUCAACAGCUAGAAAAUGCAGCAGGAACAGAAGCUGCAGGCCUGAUUGCUGACCAAGAACAGCAGCUAACUCGAAGUAGCAGCACUUCAGAUAUUGCAGAUCAGAUUCCAUCUGAAUUUUUUCAAGGUAAAAAGGGUGGAAGUCCUCAUAGUUCAACCUCAGACCCCAAAUCAGUUCAAGAAAAUAAGGGAUAUGCAAAGAAGGAACUUGAAGCUGAGCAAGUGCUAAUCCGAAGGAGCAGUAGUACAGCUGAAUUAGAUCUGAAAGCAGACUCUCAGCAAUCACUUGGAAAUCACAGAGAGAGAGAGAAAAGUGAGAGUGUGAGCAGUGACACAUCCCUGGGCUAUGGUGCUGACGCAGAGAUCACGCUCAUGCCCUGGCAGGUGGCUGAGGAUGACCAUGAGGUCAAUGUGGAGGUCAGACCAGAGGUGUGUGUGGAUCCUGGCACGCCACGCUGGCUGCAGCUCAGCCCCUCAGACACUGCCAAUCUGACAGACAGUAGUGAAUUCCUUGCUGAUGACUGCAGUAUAAUUGCUGGUGGAAACCUUAUUGGUUGGCAUCCUGAUUCUGCUGCUGUGUUAUGGAGAAGGAUUUUGGGAAUUCUUGGAGAUGUGAACAAUAUACAAUCACCUAAAAUUCAUGCAAAAGUUUUUGGGUACCUUUAUGAACUGUGGUAUAAACUUGCAAAGAUCCGGGACAACCUUGCUAUCAGUGUGGACAAUCAGUCAACUCCCUCUCCUCCCAUCCUAAUCCCUCCUCUCAGGAUAUUUGCAUCAUGGCUGUUCAAGGCAGCCACGCUGCCGAGCGAGUACAAGGAGGGGAAGCUGCAGGCAUUCCGGUUGAUCUGUGCCAUGAUGACGCGACGUCAGGACGUGCUGCCCAAUUCUGACUUCCUGGUCCAUUUUUAUUUCGUGAUGCGACUUGGCCUGACAAGUGAAGACCAGGAUAUCUUAAACACUGUCAUAAAGCACUGCCCACCUUGGUUUUUCUUCCUGGGCUUGCCUGGCUUCACGAUGCUGAUUGGGGACUUCAUCCAGGCAGCAGCGAGGGUCCUGAGCACGGACACGCUGGAGGCUCCCCGUUCAGAAGCUCACACCAUCCUUGGUGCUCUUGUGUGCUUUCCAAAUACCUACCAAGAAAUCCCAGGGUUGGGGCCCAUUUCAGAAGCUGGUGAGAUCAUCACAGGAACUGCAGAUGUGAAGUGUUGCCUCAUUAAUAUUUUAUUGAAGAAUGCUACAGAGGAGCCAAGUGAAGCUGCAAGAUGCAUAGCCAUUUGUGGCCUUGGAGUGUGGAUAUGUGAGGAGCUGACACAGGGCACAAACCAUCCCCACGUGAAGAAAGCCAUCAAUGUCAUAGGUGUGACACUAAAGUUUUCCAAUAAGCUGGUAGCUCAGGUAGCCUGUGAUGUUCUCCAGCUGCUGGUGUCUUACUGGCAGAAGCUCCAGGAGUAUGAAUCCUCCCUCUGCCGGAAAAUUACUGAAAUCCUUGUGGCCACCAUUUCCUUUCUUUUGCCGAGUGCUGAAUACUCCUCCGUGGAAGCAGAUAAGAAGUUUAUAGUUUCACUGCUGCUUUGCUUGCUGGAUUGGUGUAUGGCACUGCCCGUGAAAAUGCUGCUGGAGCCUGUGUCUGCUGGUGCUGUGGAAGAUCAACACACAUCCAGAGCUCCUUUACUGGACUAUAUUUACAGAGUCCUGCACUGCUGUGUGAAUGGCUCCAGCACAUACACACAGCAAAGCCACUACGUGCUGAGUCUGGCUGACCUCUCCUCCUAUGACUAUGACCCUUUUUUGCCACUGUGGAAUGUGAAGAGCUCGGAGCCAGCCCAGUGCCACUCCUCCACAGAUCUGGGCAACCUGCUCACUGUCGCUGAGGAGAAGAGGAGGAGGAAUUUAGAACUGAUACCUCUAACAGCAAGGAUGGUUAUGACUCACCUGGUGAAUCACCUGAGCCACUACCCGCUCAGUGGAGGCCCUGCCAUUCUCCACAGUCUCCUUAGUGAGAACCAUGACAAUUCCUAUGUGGAGUCCUCCGAGCUGUCCUCAGAAGUCUUCCGGAGUCCCAACCUGCAGCUGUUCGUGUUUAAUGACAGCACUCUCAUCUCUUACCUCCAAAUCCCUUCAGAGAAGAAGGCAGACACUGAGCCAGCAGCAGCCCCCUCGGACGUCAGGGUGAUCGUCAGGGAUAUCUCAGGGAAAUACUCUUGGGAUGGCCGAGUACUGUAUGGACCUUUGGAGGGCUGCCUUCUGCAGCAGAGCACAGCUAGCGCCUUUGUGAUCUCCAGCAACCCAGAGCACCACCUCAUCUCCCAGAAAGACAUUCCUCAGGUGGAAGAAGGAGAAGAUGCUCUCGACCAGUUGCUGGAGAAGAUAGGUAACACCAGCCCUGAGUGCCUUUUGCAUCCCCAGUGCAAGCUGAAUGAACCAUCGCCACCGCCCUCUGGGAUGAGCUCUGACCAGGAGCGUGCCAUCACAGAAGCCCUGAUGAGACAGAGUGCCCAGGAAAGAGACUUCAUACUGAAGUGCAGCUCUGACUGCAGCAUGAAGGUGGCCUGUCAGGAGCCACCGUGUCCCACUGAACCUCAAGCCUCCUUUUAUUUCUGUCGGCUGUUGCUAAAUGACUUGGGAAUGAAUUCCUGGGAUAGAAGGAAAAGCUUUCAUCUGCUUAAGAAAAACGCAAAAUUGCUGCGAGAACUGAAAAACCUGGAUUCCCGCCAAUGCCGUGAGACUCACAAGAUUGCUGUGUUCUACAUUGCCGAGGGACAGGAGGACAAGUGUUCCAUCCUGGCCAAUGCAGGGGGAAGCCAGGCCUAUGAAGAUUUCGUUGCUGGACUGGGCUGGGAGGUUGAUCUUUCCACGCAUGGGGGGUUCAUGGGUGGCCUGCAGCGUAAUGGCAGCACAGGACAAACUGCUCCCUACUAUGCUACCUCCACUGUGGAAAUAAUUUUUCAUGUGUCUACAAGAAUGCCAUCAGAUUCGGACGAUUCACUGACCAAAAAGCUUCGUCACUUGGGAAAUGAUGAGGUUCACAUCGUCUGGUCUGAGCACACCCGCAACUACCGCAGGGGCAUCAUACCCACAGACUUUGGGGAUGUUCUCAUUGUUAUUUACCCCAUGAAGAACCACAUGUUUUUCAUAGAGAUCAUGAAGAAGCCGGAGGUGCCAUUUUUUGGUCCUCUCUUCGAUGGAGCAAUCGUGACUGCAAAGCUGCUGCCAAGCUUGAUCUGUGCCACGUGCAUCAAUGCCAGCAGAGCUGUCAAGUCCCUCAUUCCACUCUACCAGAGCUUGUAUCCUUUCUCCCAGGGGGCAAGGCUCCCCGUAGCAGGGUUCUUACUUCCCAGCAUCCUUCUGCAGAGAG